UAAUGUGGUGAAUCUAAAAGAUGUUUAUAUUUUUCGCUCUUCGUAGGAAAAAGCUGCCGUCGUCAGUACAGUUCUUCCAUCUCAAAUGGCCGAUUUGACGUUCCAAAACGUUUCCGUCGUCGUCGUCGUUCUAGUUUUCGUCGCCUCGUAUUGAAAUAUUCUUCCUGUUUCUAUGUACAUAGUGAAAGUUAUGUAUGAAAAAAAUUACUAUCGCAAAAUGGCAUUAUUCAAUAAGGACUUAAAUAGUUCUUCCUGCUGAAAUUGUACACUCAAGGAAUUAAUAUCACAAAUCUUUCCUGCUAGAGCUGCUGCCGCCAUCCACCCUGCCACACAUGUCUUUGUUUUUCAGAACUUAUUAACUAUUUGGUAUAAGAACAGUUCCAUAGACGUACAUUAAAGACUGCAAGAAUAAUGCGGAAUGGCAUUGUAUGGAUGGCGACUAGUUGGAGUUGCAUGCACCAUCGUUAUGUACAUAGCUGGUAUCCUGUUCCUUUCAAUAUCGAAUGUACCAGGACCCCACCCAAAGCGAGUAAGGAUCGGACGUUUCGGAGAGAUAGCAAAUUAUCGAACGCAAUUCAUUGGACUACAUCGAAAACAAACAAUUCACUGGUGCAAGGAAUUAACAUUUUUACAUAGUCAACCGGCCGCUGCCGCUCCCGAAGAGAAGGACAAAAAAACUCAUUCCACAUUCCGUACAAGGAUAACAAAUCAUGAAAAACUUAAAACCGAUAAAAAUCCAAGCAAACAUAAUAAUAACAACAAUAACAAUAAUAGCUUAGUAACGGAAAGUUCAAAAAUGGAAACCUCCAAUAAUUCUCAUUCGAAUAGUACUGUUAGUGGUUUAACGGCACUGGCAUCGUUUCCAGGAAGUGGCAACACUUGGCUUCGAUAUUUGCUUCAACAAUCUACUGGCAUUUACACCGGAAGUAUUUAUAAGGAUUAUGGUCUUUUGAAAAGUGGAUUUCCGGCUGAAAAUGUGUGCAAUAAAUCAGUUUUAGUUGUAAAGACACACGAAUGGGGCCAAAACGCUUGGAAUGUAUUUUCGAAGGCAAUACUUUUGGUCCGGGAUCCGGAUAAAGCGAUAUUAGCCGAAUUCAAUAGACAGAGUGGCGGACAUGUUGGAUUUGCUUCUCCAGAUCGCUAUAAGCGCACAAAGGGAAGAUACUGGCAGCAGUUUGUGACAAAUAAACUAAACGGAUGGGAAAACAUGAAUCUUGGAUGGGCAAGAUUUUUCACCGGGGACUUGCUUAUUGUAUACUAUGAUGAUUUAGUUUCAAAUUCUGAAAAGAAACUAAGAGAAAUCCUCAACUUCCUAGAAUUUCCUAUUGAAGAGUCCCUAAUGUCAUGCGCCCUAAUAAGAAAAGAAGGAAUUUUUCGAAGAAAAAAGCGUGUAUUAUCCUUUGAUCCCUACAGUCCUGCGAUGCGUCAUCAACUUGACGAAAGAAAACGAAAGAUCUAUACACUAUUAGGACGCUAUACAGCGAAAACUAAAAACUUCAACGACUAAGUUGCGUGAUAAAUGUUAGACACAAAUUAAAAUUUUAGCACAUAAUGUAAUUUAGUUUAAACAAAAGAAUAAAAACUAGAAUGUAUUUAAGUUAGAUAAAAUUCUGUUUCAUAACGAAGUAGGAUACAAAUUUGUUAUAUAAGAAAGAAAAUAUAAAAAUAAAACAAAAAAAUUUUGUACUUAAGAAAUCAAAAUUUCCACAAUAAAAAAAUUGAACUGAAAUGUAUUACACAAUCUACAAUUCUUCGUUAA